AUGUAGUAAAGUGAACCAUUAAAGUCUGAUGAGAAUAAUGACUAAGAAUUAAUUGACCUGUAGAAUUCUCAAUAAACAGGUGAAGAAUCACAAAAUAAACUCAAAUCUAAUUUAAUGAAAUUGCAAAAAAUAUAUUAAGAAUGCAAAUGCCCAUCAUGUUAAUUAUUAUUUGAGGAGCCUAUUACAAUAGUUUGUGGUCAUACUUUCUGUAGGGAAUGUAUUAUUCGAUCAGUUAAUCUAAAACCCUAAUGUCCAGAAUGCUUGUAUUUAUAAAAGUAAUAAAUUAGAUAUCCGAUUACAAAUAUCAUCAAAAAUAUUCAAGAAAACUUUUUAGUUAAAUCUGUUGUGAAAGAAAUUAAUGAAUUAUUUAUUGCAUAAUAAUAAAAAAAAGUUAAACCCCGACUUUUCGAUUAAAUUAUUGCUAAACAAAUUUAAGAAAAUAUUAUUAAACAAUAUUUGAUUUUUGAAACUAAAUCUCUAAUUAUUCCAUAUACUAUUUAAAGUGUGCAAAUUCAUGUAAACUAAUUCAAAGAUUUAAAUGAAGACUAAAUAUAUAAAAUUUUAAAAAGAGACUCUUUAAUAUUGCUGACAAAUCCUAAUAAAAGCCAAUCAAUUUAAGAAGUAAAUUUUAUAAUAAAUUUUUGCAGACUGCUACUUUGGUUAUCGUUAUAAAGGCUGAAAUACAUUCUAAAUUGAUUGAUUUAAAUGUUCACGUUUAGUAGCAAAUGAGGGUAUUACAAAUCAAAUAAGAAACAUUUCAGAUAGAAAAAGAAAUCCCGUUAAAUGUUGCAAAGGUUUAAGAAAUCAAAGAAGAACCAAUUAUUUUCAACUUAUAAACUGAUUAAUAGAUCAAAUAUUUAAUUGAUACUAUCAGCCAGUAAUUGGCUUAUCAUUUACCUGAAAAUAUUGACUCAUAUACCGCUAAAUAUUUGAAAGAUUUCUUCCAUAAACUUCAGUUAUUUGAAAUACUUAGGAGUAAUAUUUUAAGGAAUGAAAAAGCCUUAAAACAUAUUAGUUAUGUUAUCCCCUCUAUUUUACAUUUAACAGAUCAAGAGAGAACUAGAAUUUUCAAUGCCAAUAAUAGCAUUGAGAGGCUGAUUUAAAUUACCAAAAUAUUGGAAAGAUUUUAAUAUAUUACAAACCCAUUAAUGGUUUUCAAAAUUCCAGGCGACAAGGAAAGAAUUAAUUAUUAAACCGAAUUCUUAAUAAUUCUUGUAUUAUUAAUUCUUGCAUUUUAUUACAGAAUCAUUGGAUUCUGA